GUUAAUAAAGAAUAAACUUGGUGACAUCUGUACUGCCGCUGAUUGGCUGCUGGAGUCGGCGAAAAUAUACUUAAACACGACAACGAGGCGCUGGUGUCGUCAGAGGAGCAGCCUUCCCACCCAGGUACACCCAGGUACACCCAGCUUUAUUUCCAAGCUACCCGUGUGAACUUCUGUAAGCAAUGGCUAGAUCCCUCUGUCUGCUUGUUCUCAUGGGGUGCGCUCUGCACGUGGUCGAGAGCAGGUCACGUGACGCUCGACAAGUCGCCGACGAUUCAACAAACCUGCUUCCAUGUAAAGGAGCUUUCGUGCAGUUCGUCGGACGAACACUUAUCGACGAUGUGAGAAACCUGUCGUUGACGAUCGAGAACGACGAAGCUGGGUCUUACUUGUGCAUCGUGAAGAUUAAGAGUCAUCUGGAAGAAUCCUCCCAAAGCACGAGGGAUGCGCAAGUCAGACCAACUGUUAGCUGCUCCGAAGACGAAUUCAACGAUUUGCUUAGACAGUGUCGUGACCCAACGGCCAGGGGUCAAAGCAUCGUGACUCGUCGUGACAUCCAAAAGAAGAGUCUUGUGUAUCCAGGGACAGUCUGGUGUGGUGACGGGAACGAUGCCAAUGGAGACACCACAAAGCUGGGGAAGUACAAUCAGACUGACUCCUGUUGCCGGGCACAUGACCUCUGCACACCAUACAUUGCGAGCUGGUCAAAAGAUGCCAUUUCUGGGCUUUUUAACUGGAGUCUCUUCACCAGGCUUCACUGUCAUUGUGACAACGAGUUUAGGGAUUGUUUGAGACAUUCCACAGACGGCCUCGCUUACAUCAUUGGAAACAUGUACUUCAAUAUUUUGAGUUCCCUUUGUUACGACCUGGUGUCACGAUGUCCCGACAGUGGAUUUUCUUCAAGCUGCUCGUCUUGGAAAUUUAUCUCGUCGGGAAAGUUCUGAUAGUGUCAUCUGAUGCCAGGGACCAUGUCAACCAACUGUCAAGUGCUUCCUCACGUUUGUUCUUCUGUAUCAAAGUCGAUGCAAAAUAACCAUGUGCAUCCCCUGGGAGCAAUAAAGAAAUUUCUGAGCUGAA